GUCAGUAUGCGUGUAUCUGUAAACAAAAGAGAAGGAAACAGAUAGAGAAGUUUCAAGUAUUACCAGAGAAAACUUAGGAAUCAAUUUCUCUUCUACGUUGUUUAUUAUUUAUCUGACCGAUAUUAGGAAAUUUUAGGCAUCAAUCAGCUAUGAAGUUCUGCAAGAAAUAUCGAGAGUACAUGCAAGGUCAGGAUGAGAAAAAACUGCCUGGCCUGGGUAUCAAAAACCUCAAGAAGAUCCUCAAAAACUGCAGGAGAGACUUUCAGUCUCAAAAUCACCUUCAUGACGUCCAAACAUGCCCUCACCAAUGCUCUGUGUGCGAUGGGACCUUCUUCCCUUCCCUUCUCAAUGGAAUGUCAGCUGUAGUAGGCUGCUUCAAUGAACGUGCACAGAAAUUGCUUGAGAUUCAUUUGGCUUCUGGCUUGUCAAAGUGUUUAAUUUGGUUUAAAGGCAAGAACCAUGGUGCUUUAAUUCAAGAAGGCAAGGAUUUGGUUAAUUAUGCACUAAUUAAUGCCAUCGCAAUUAGAAAAAUACUGAAGAAAUAUGAUAAGAUUCACUACUCUAAGCAAGGUCAAGCCUUCAGGUCUCAAGCUCAAAGUAUGCACAUUGAAAUUCUACAGUCACCUUGGCUAUGUGAGCUUAUGGCUUUCCACAUCAAUUUGAGGGAAACAGAAGUCAGCCCGAGUAAGGCCCCUGCAUUUUUUGAAGGGUGCGAUCUUACUUUUUGUGAUGGCAAACCAUCACUCUCUUGCCAGCUAUUUGAUUCUGUCAAGCUCGAUAUUGACUUGACUUGUUCUAUUUGCUUGGACACAGUGUUCGAUCCAGUCUCUCUGACAUGCGGUCAUAUAUUCUGCUACUUGUGUGCUUGCUCCGCUGCAUCAGUCACCAUUGUUGAUGGACUAAAGGAAGCAGAUCCUAAGGGAAAAUGCCCUCUGUGCCGAGAGGCAGGAGUGUAUGAAGGUGCUGUACACUUGGAAGAGCUUAGUAUCCUAUUAAGCAGAAGCUGUCAGGAAUACUGGGAGGAAAGGCUUCGAACAGAAAGAGUGGAGAGGAUUAGGCAAACAAAGGAGCAUUGGGAGCUCCAGUGUCGGUCAUUUAUGGGGGUCUAAUUAGGCACCUAGCUCUUUUCCAAUAUUAGUUCCAGGUAAAAACUAAGAAAUCUUCGGUAAUUAUAAUGUUUUUGUGGAAUUUGUAUAUAUUUUCGUGUAGAGGAGCAACCAGGUUUUCUGAGUAGGAUGUAAUUGUUUGGGGUAAUUAUCUUUUUAAUGUACAUUACGGAGUUCAUAUUUAA